GCCUCCUUUGUCAAAGAUAAGGUGACCAUAGGUGCGUGGGUUUAUCUCUGGGCUUUCUACAUGGAUCAGCUGGACAUCAUCUCCAUGGCAGAGACAACCAUGAGGCCAGAGGAGAUCGAGCUGGAGAUGGUGAAAAUCCAGCGUCUCCGGGAAGUCUUGGUCCGGCGGGAGUCUGUGCUCAGGUUUAUGAUGGAUGACAUCCAGCUCUGCAACGACAUCAUGGACUUGAAGCAGGAGCUGCAGAACUUGGUCGCCAUCCCAGAAAAAGAAAAAACCAAGUUGCAGAAGCAGAGAGAGGACGAGCUAAUCCAGAAGAUCCACAAACUGGUGCAGAAGAGGGACUUCCUGGUGGACGAUGCAGAGGUUGAGCGGCUAAGGGAGCAAGAAGAAGACAAGGAAAUGGUCAAUUUUUUGAGAAUCAAGUUAAAACCUCUAGACAAAGUAACCAAAUCUCCAGCCAGCUCCCGAGCAGAAAAGAAAGCCGAGCCCCCACCUAGCAAGCCCACAGUAGCCAAGACGGGGCUGGCGCUCAUCAAGGAUUGCUGCGGGGCCACCCAGUGCAAUAUCAUGUAG